AUGGACCCGAAAAAAAAGAGACCGCUCACUGUUGUGCAGUUGCAGGCAACUCCACUCCCCUCUCCCCUUCCAGCCGCCGUCGCGAUGGCCGAGACGGUGGACUUCGCGAGCGGCGACGGGGAGGCCUGGCGUGCGGCGCUGGGCGCGUACGACCGCCGGCUCGCGGCGCUGGACAAGCCCGACCUCCUGGACGCCGACUCCUUCUACCGCCACGACCUCCCCCUCCUGCUGCACGGCCGCGACCCGGACCCCUACCUCGCCAAGCCCGAGCUGGUGCAGCUCAUGCAGUGGAAGCUCUCGCGCGGCAAGUGGAGGCCGAGGCUGAUGGAUUUCGUCAAAAGCUUGGAUGACAAAGUUGUAGAGUCAGCGUCACGCAAGGCAUUUGCAGCGCUGCCCGACCUCAGCAAGGCCAUCACCGAGCUCACUGUGCUCAAGGGUGUUGGCCCUGCCACUGCAUCCGCGGUGCUCGCUGCCUAUGCACCCGAUGUUGCGCCCUUCAUGUCAGACGAAGCAAUGGUCGCAGCCUUGGGCAAUGUAAAGGAAUACACUCUGAAGCAGUACCUUGCGUUUGCGGAGAAGUUGCAGGCUAAAGCAGAGGAGUUGAGCGUAGGAGGAGAAAGCUUGACACCUUCGGAUGUUGAGAGAGCUUUGUGGAGCUCGGCAAUCGCCUCCAAGCCACCGAAGGCACCAGCAGGUGGGAAGAGAAAACGAUGA